GUAUGCCGUGAAGAUUACAGAUCUGAGGAGGCUCAAGGGCGACCAGCCUGCCGCCUCGGACUGCUUUUUGCGGGUGCAGCAGGAGACCAGUCUGCUGAAGUCCAUCGGGAAGCUGGAGCACUGCUGCAGGUUCGUCGACUCCAUGGUCGAUCGGCGCUUCCACUAUUUAGUUAUGGAGAAGUACAGCACGACGCUGUACCAUGCCCUGGAGUGCAUGCCGGAGAGCUCACAGAACGGAGCCUGGCGCUUGUGGUGCAGCAGAUGUUCGCCGCCGUGUCGGAGGUGCAUAGCGUUGGUAUCUUACACCGAGAUGUAAAACCAGACAACUUCUUGGUGACCGGCCUGAACGGCACUGUGAAGCUUUGCGACUUUGGAUUUGCGCGGAAGUUUCCUUCAGGACCCGCAUGCGUCAGGGGCAUAUUCGGGACCGCGCCGUUCAUGUCGCCAGAGAUGGUCAUGGGCCUCGAGUACGCCGCCCCCACGGACGUCUGGUCUCUCGGUGUCAUCCUCUACGCCCUGCUCUGCGGCGAGUUCCCCUACAUGCCGGAGAGGCCCUGCAAGCAGCUCAUGAGAGCGGCCAUCGCGCGCGGCGCGUGCCGGCCGAGCUUCGCCCCCGCGGCGGCGGUGCAGGGCAUUCGGCUGUCCACUGGCGCUGUGGAGUUCCUGCAGGCUCUACUCAACCGGGACCCCGAGAUGAGGCCCUCUGCGAGAGAGGCCCUCGACUACGGUUGGUUCAGGGCGGCCGCGGAGCCGGAGCCGCUCGCGGAGUCGUCCUGCCUCAGGGAGGCGCUGUUCGCCGCCGAGCGCGUGGGUGCCUUCGGGUCCUCGUGCGGUGGGUCCGGCGGUCAGAUGGCCCGCUCGGCGGACAGGAUGCUGCAGGAGCUGCAGCGGAGGUACUGCCGUCAGGGCACGCGCAGCUCCUCCGGCGGCCUGCAGGACGACGGCAGCUUCGUGUGGUCCCCGGUGCACUCGGGGGAGAAGUCUCCGAAGUCCCCAAGGAUGACUCCGAAGUCCCCGAAGUCUCACGGUGGCAAACUGCAUCAAGUCGCACGAGCUCCGCAAGUUUAUGAUGCUCAUCGCUUGGGCGUGCUGAUCAAAACGUGA